UGUGCAGCUAUGUCGUGCACUCAGCGAAAACAAAAACCAUGAUCAUGUGGGUUUCAGAGAUAUCCAACAGGCUUUGUAUGAGCUUGCAUACCACGUUGUCAGAGGAAACUUAAAGCAUGAUCAAGCUUCUAAUGUUCUUGGUGAUGUCAUAGAAUUUCGGGAAGACAUGCCUUCCAUCCUAGCUGAUGUAUUCUGCAUAUUAGAUAUUGAAACAAGUUGUUUAGAAGAAAAGAAUAAGAGGGAUCAUUUUACCCAACUGGUGUUAGCUUGUUUGUAUCUUGUAUCUGACACUGUCCUAAAGGAGCGCUUAGAUCCAGAGACACUGGAGUCAUUAGGACUUAUCAAGCAGUCUCAACAGUUCAAUCAGAAAUCUGUAAAAAUAAAGACAAAACUGUUUUAUAAGCAACAGAAGUUUAAUUUGUUAAGAGAGGAGAAUGAAGGUUAUGCGAAGCUCAUUGCAGAACUGGGGCAAGACUUAUCUGGAAAUAUCACUAGUGAUUUAAUCCUUGAAAAUAUCAAAUCUUUAAUAGGGUGUUUUAACCUUGAUCCUAACAGAGUUUUGGAUAUUAUCCUAGAAGUCUAUGAGUGCAGGCCUGAAUAUGAUGACUUCUUUGUACCACUGAUAGAGUCUUAUAUGUACAUGUGUGAACCUCAAACUCUAUGCCAUAUCCUUGGGUUCAAAUUCAAAUUUUAUCAGGAUCCAAGUGGUGAGACACCUUCCUCCUUGUACAGAGUUGCUGCUGUCCUUUUGCAACAUAAUCUCAUAGAUUUGGAAGAUCUUUAUGUUCAUCUUCUUCCAGGGGAUAAUACCAUCAUUGAGGAACACAAGCGAGAGAUAGUGGAAGCUAAGCAAAUUGUCAGAAAACUUACAAUGGUUGUCUUAUCCUCUGAAAAGACUGAGGAAAAGGAGAAGGAAAAAGAAAAAGAGGAGGAGAAAACUGAAAAGCCUCCUGAUAAUCAAAAGCUUGGUUUAUUGGAAGCUUUAUUAAAAAUCGGUGACUGGCAGCAUGCGCAAAGUAUUAUGGAUCAGAUGCCUCCGUUUUAUGCUACUUCACACAAGUCUAUCGCAAUUGCCCUUUGCCAGCUUGUACAUGUGACAAUUGAACCUCUGUACCGCAGAGUUGGUGUACCUAAAGGAGCUAAAGGGUCACCAAUUUCUUCAUUGCCAAACAAGAGAGCACCAAAACAAGCAGACAGCUUCGAGGACUUGAGAAAGGAAGUGUUCAACAUGCUUUGUUACCUUGGUCCUCAUCUCUCCCAUGAUCCCAUUUUAUUUGCAAAAGUGGUGCGCCUUGGAAAAGCAUUUAUGAAAGAGUUUCAGUCUGAUGGAAGCAAACAGGAAGAUAAAGAGAAAAUGGAGAUACUGUUUAGCUGUUUGUUGAGUAUUACCGAUCAGGUCUUACUUCCGUCUCUUUCUUUGAUGGACUGCAAUGCAUGCAUGUCUGAAGAAUUAUGGGGAAUGUUCAAAACUUUUCCAUACCAGUACCGGUACCGUCUUUAUGGGCAAUGGAAGAAUGAAACAUACAAUAGUCACCCACUUCUAGUGAAAGUUAAAGCUCAAACCAUAGACCGAGCCAAAUAUAUCAUGAAGCGUUUAACUAAGGAAAAUGUGAAACCCUCCGGAAGACAAAUUGGGAAGCUCAGCCACAGCAAUCCUACAAUUUUAUUUGAUUAUAUUUUAUCACAAAUACAAAAAUACGAUAACUUAAUAACUCCGGUUGUGGAUUCCCUGAAAUACCUCACUUCGCUGAACUAUGAUGUCUUGGCAUACUGUAUCAUUGAGGCUCUGGCAAACCCUGAGAAGGAGAGAAUGAAGCAUGAUGACACUACAAUCUCGAGCUGGCUGCAGAGUCUGGCUAGCUUUUGUGGUGCAGUUUUUCGAAAAUACCCAAUUGAACUUGCUGGUCUACUUCAAUAUGUAGCCAACCAACUGAAAGCUGGGAAAAGCUUUGAUUUGCUUAUUUUAAAAGAGGUGGUACAGAAAAUGGCAGGGAUAGAAAUUACAGAAGAAAUGACAAUGGAACAACUGGAAGCCAUGACUGGUGGAGAACAACUAAAAGCUGAGGGUGGAUACUUUGGCCAAAUCAGGAAUACAAAAAAAUCUUCUCAGAGACUGAAAGAUGCAUUAUUGGACCAUGAUCUUGCCCUUCCACUGUGUCUGCUUAUGGCUCAACAAAGAAAUGGUGUAAUCUUUCAAGAGGGAGGGGAAAAACACCUAAAGCUGGUGGGAAAACUGUAUGAUCAG